CUUUGUGCACCGGCAACGGCCACACAACACCCAAUCAGCUGGUUCUGCUUAGACUGACUGAGUUGCAGUCGGUCGCGGCGGUGCACUCGGGGGUAAGGUCGCUCUAAAACGGUGCAGCUAAGGCUUAGAAUGAGCAAGACAGAGAGCAGCGAGAUGCAGCCUAGUUGAAGCUGUCGGAGCGGCAAAGUGCAAUGUAGUCAUUAGAGGUACCCUCUCUAGUUCAGUACCUGCAGAGGUGCUAGAGAGGUGUGUGCGUUGCGGAUUUUUACGAUCCGUUUGGAGUGUUUUGGUGUCCGGAAUGGAGAUUCGUGCCCACCUGGUGGUCGCGACACUACUGAUAGUAGGGUUAAACGGUACGUGUGGAGGUCGUAUCAUUCCGUACAAAGCCGUCAUCGAGUACAAGGGAACGGCGUUUUGCGUUGGUUCCGUCAUCGACGCCGUGUGGAUUCUGACCGCGGCCCAGUGCGUCAUGAACACCACCGUAUCGUAUCUAACGAUUCGUCUAGGCUCGUCGAACGCGUGGGACAGCGGAGCGCUGUUCAGCGUAAAAGCGUUCCACGUACACCCCAAGUACGACCCGGAAACAUCCCAGCGGGAUAUCGCCUUGCUGCGGUUAAGUUCGGUGGCAAAGCUCGGACCGCCGCACUCCGUCAACGUCAUCCCCCUGGUCAAGCCCGGCUAUGGCAUGGAGGAAGGCACCAGAUGUUCCAUCCCGUCAUUGCCGGGAUCAUCAUCAUCAUCGGGUGCGGCCGACGUGAAGGCCAAGCUGUGGUCCCGCGAACGAUGCCAGGCGGCCGUGCCCAAAUCGAUCCAGCUGACCGACGAUGCGUUGUGUGCAAAAAUCACGCCCACCAACGGCACCAGCCACCAGCAAUCUACGGUGGCCGGUGGGCCAUUGGCGGUCGGUGGUCACAAGAAGCGGUGCAAUGAUCAUCACCAACAACAACAACUGCAACUGCACCUACAAGCGCCGCUGCCCCCAUCACGGUUCAUGCCGGGCAGCCCGCUAGUAUGCGAAGGCAAACAGGUUGCAGUCGUACGACAGCGGGCCAGCUCAACAACCAAGCCAGGUCAUUGCAACGACGACGACGUCGACCACGUUGAACGAGAUUUGCCGGAUUUUUUCACCGACGUUGCAUUCGCGGACCAGUGGAUCAGCUCACACGUGCGGAGAAAGAGAAAGUCGGGAGGUGGCGGAAAACCGGUGGCCAAAAUCCGGCGGAAGUUGCACAGCCGGAACGGGGGUGUUACGGGACGGUGGGUUCAUCGAGGUGCGAUCUUGGUGGUUGUAGUUUUUGGUUGCUUGGGGAAUUUGUGAGGGAAAAUACCGCGGGUUUUGUCAAGGUCGAAAAACAAGUCUAGUCAAGCGUUCUGAUUUGAAUAAAAUUUGAAUUCUACUUUUACACUCAAGUUUGG